ACUUAUGUUAGGGAAGCACUUAUCUUCUAUUCAAGAUGCACAAUUAGCAGCUACUCAAAAACAUUAGGAAAGAAUAAUUUUCAGAUAAUUUGCAUUUUCAGGAAAGAUUUGUAUAUCAGAUCAUGACAUCUGUGUAAUUGCUGGACUAAGCUCAAAAGGCAAAGUGCCAAAGUUGUAGUACUUACUGUAUUGAGAUUUAGUAAUGUGGUUAUUCAACUCUGCUAGUAGUACAGGUGACUUCUUAUGUACAGACAUAAGGUGCUUCCAUCGUCUUAUUUUUGCAAUAAUUGUAUCUUGUGCCUGGUUUAAAAUAACAUCUAAUGUGUGUGAUGAUGAUAGAUUUUACUCAAGAUACUGGAGGGAACAGACUGCUGUGGCAAAUGGGCUUCCAAGUAGAAAUUUCAAGAGUUAAACUCCAAGUAACUUAAAUAUCCCUAUUGUGAACAUUCUAGAGUGGGUAUGCCUAAGAUACUUAAAUUGUGAUAUGUUGUUUUUUUUAGAGAUAUUAACUCUAAAAGAAGUUUUCCAAAUUGCAAGCAAUGACCAUGAUGCUGCCAUUACCAGAUACAGUCGGUUGUCAAAAAGAAAGGAAAAUGAAAAGAUCAAGGCUGAAGUUACAGAAGAUGUAUAUACUUCAAGGAAAAAACAGCAUCAGACUAUGAUGCAUUAUUUCUGUGCAUUAAAUACUCUCCAAUACAAAAAGAAGAUUUCUCUGCUAGAACCCUUGCUAGGAUACAUGCAAGCUCAGAUAAGCUUUUUUAAAAUGGGUUCAGAAAAUCUUACUGAGCAACUGGAAGAAUUUUUGACCAAUAUUGGCACAAGUGUACAGAAUGUUCGCAGGGAGAUGGAUUGUGAAGUAGAAAACAUGCAACAAACUAUAGAGGACUUGGAAGUAGCCAGUGAUCCUCUGUAUUUGCCUGAUCCUGAUCCUGCCAAAUUUCCUGCCCAUAGGAAUCUAACACGGAAAGCUGGCUAUCUCAAUGCAAGAAAUAAGACAGGGCUGGUGUCUUCCAGUUGGGAGAGACAGUUUUACUUCACUCAGGGUGGAAAUCUGAUGAGCCAGGCAAGAGGAGAUGUGGCUGGGGGACUUGUCAUGGACAUAGACAAUUGCUCUGUGAUGGCUGUGGACUGUGAGGACAGACGGUACUGCUUUCAGAUCACAUCUUUUGAUGGCAAAAAGUCUUCGAUCUUACAGGCAGAAAGUAAAAAAGAUUAUGAAGAGUGGAUAUGCACCAUAAACAACAUAUCUAAGCAGAUAUAUCUAAGUGAAAACCCUGAGGAGAUUGCUGCCCGUGUGAACCAGUCAGCUCUGGAGGCUGUCACUCCUUCUCCUUCCUUCCAGCAGAGGCACGAGAGCAUGAGGCCAGCUGUGCAAUCUCGUCCUCCUGCAGCUCGCACCAGCAGCACAGGGUCACUGGGGUCUGACUCAACAGCUCUCUCUGCACUGUCCUUGGAUUCCCUUGUUGCCCCUGACACUCCCAUCCAAUUUGACAUAAUAUCUCCAGUCAGUGAAGAUCUGCCUGGCCAAGCAAAGUCAUCAGGGCAAUCGGGCAGACGCACAAAUCCUUUUGGUGAAUCUGGAGGCUCAAAACCUGAAACAGAAGAUUCAAUUCUUCAUCAGUUAUUUAUUGUAAGAUUUCUUGGCUCCAUGGAAGUGAGGUCUGAUGAAAGCCCAGAUGUUGUUUAUGAAACAAUGCGUCAGAUACUCGCAGCUCGCGCCAUCCACAACGUUUUCAGGAUGACAGAGUCACACUUGUUAGUCACUUGUGACUGUUUAAAGUUAAUUGAUCCACAGACACAAGUUACAAGACUACGAUUCCCUUUGCCCAGUGUAGUGCUGUAUGCUACACACCAGGAGAAUAAGCGCCUGUUUGGAUUUGUGCUCAGAACCUCAGGAGGGAGAGUGGAGAGCCGCCAGACUUCCAUCUGCUAUAUAUUUGAGUCAAAUAAUGAAGGGGAAAAGAUUUGUGACUCUGUUGGAUUGGCCAAACAGAUAGCUUUACAUGCAGAACUGGAUCGAAAAGCCUCAGAAAAGCAGAAGGAAAUAGAUAGAGUCAAAGAGAAACAGCAAAAAGAACUGAAUAAACAAAAGCAAAUUGAGAAGGACUUGGAGGAGCAGAGCCGGUUGAUAGCAGCUUCCAGCAGAUCCAACCAGAGCAGCACAGAAGGACAGUUUGUAGUCCUUAGCAGCAGCCAGUCAGAAGACAGUGAUUUAGGAGAAGAUGGAAAGAAGAGAGAAUCUGAAGCCUAAGGUUGCCUGCUUCAUUAAAAUUGGAAUCAUUAAUAUAUCUGGUGAAAUGGCACAAGUUCUACAAGAGGUGAAAUGUAGGUGGAGGGUCUGUCAUAUUAUAGAAAAGACUUCACAAUAUAUAGACCCUAUUAUGCCUUGAUUUUUCUUUCUCAAUUAAGUGAUUUCUGUUUCCUGCCAGUAUAAUUUCUCUUGUAUGCCAGACGGAGCACAGUGAUGCUGCCAGUUAUUACAAACAUAUGUUUUCUCAAGGCUUCUCUGCAGUAUGGGAAAAAUGUGGGCGUUUUCCCCACUUACCUCUGUGCAAUUGACUGCUUUGGAAGCAAAACUGAAAACCCAAAAACCAAAAAAACCCAAACAUUGAAAUUUGUUCUUUACACUGCAGUAGGGAAAACACCUUGCUGGAAACAAAAGUGAGAUGUCCAAAUAAGACAGUGCUAAGCUUUACCCAGUUUGUUGUACAUAGCUGUUCUUAGAUUUAGAAAGAAGGAUCUCCUUUAACAUCAGAGAGAUGUGCAAUAGUUCGAACAGAAGGAUCUUUUUUUCUUUCAUUUUGCGCAGUAUGAUACUGUCUUGAUUUCCUUUCUAAUUUUUUUUGGUGAAUACAAUGCCAAAAAAAACUUGUUUCAACAGGAGAAAAAGAUACUGUCAGACCUAGAUAAGAGCUGAUGAGAUGCAGUUGAACUUUGUUGCAUGAGGAAGAGCAUUCCUCAUCAAAUGAUAAGAGUCGUGUAUAUAGCCUUGUAGCACAAGUGCCAUGUUCUUGGUUUUUCCCCAGUACUUGGAAUAAAAAGCUGUAAACCUUUGAGUUCAAUUUUAUAAAACAUGCUUAGAGUUGCAGGAACAUCUUGAAUUCCGUCAUAUCAAAAUCUUCUGCAUAUGUAAAUGCCUUGCUGCUAGUACACUGCGUCUACUGGAAAUGAGUUGAGGCUCUUCAUUGUUUUUAUGAUUUUGCAAACAGAAUUUAGUAGUUCUGAAGUAAGAGAUGAUACCAAUCCUACAUCAUAGAGUCAGUUCUGGAAAGCAUUUUUCAAAGUGGUGUCUGUUUACAGCUUGUAAUCUGCACUCCAUAUUCCAUACCCUGUGUAAUAUUUAUUUUGUAUAGUAUUAGAUGUGCAUUCACCUUUUGAACCAGAAGAGAAAUCUUGUUUGAAGAGAAAUAUUUAUUUUUGCACUAAUUACUAUAAAUAUUAAAAUCCAGAGGAACAGAAGAUAGCUCUCUAAUAGUGGCAUGAAAAUAACAGGAUAUGUAGAGAGAAGAGAAUAUACUUAUAUUCCAAGUUAUAAUAUAACAGUUAUGAGUGAUUUACAGUUCAUUGCAGGGCAUUUCUGGUGUUCAGGAAUGGAAGCAAUUUUCAGAGUAUCUCCUCAGCAGCUGGUGGUGGCCCAGCCCUUCCUAGCUGGAGCUGUUCAGUGCUGAUAAAGUAAGUGAGGAAUCUCAGGUUGUGUUUUCUGGAUGGCUGUAGGUGCACAGAGGGCUCUUCUAACUCCUGGGAGUGCCUGCAUUGGCCAAAGCCUCCUGCCCAUGCUGCUGGAGAUGUGACUUUGUGUGCAAGAGUUGGUGGCCUCAGCUCCUGUGACAGGGCAGCAGUGCCUGGGCAGGAGCAGAGGCAGCUGGAGCUGCAGAAGCUCUGGGCACAGGUUUUACACCACAGCAGAGGUUUUACACCACAGGGGCUUGAGCAGCCACCAAAGAGCUCUGCCUUGAAAACGGAGGGGAGGAGGCUGGGGAGCAGAGAGCCACCAGGUUCUCUUCCUGAAUUGGUUACCAGAUCCUCUUCCAGUGUGAUUUUCAUCCCCAGAGUAGCCAGUCACUUGUAGAAAUAUCUGCUUUUGCUGUUGCCCAGUUGGUCACAUAGUAUUGCCCUGUGGCUGGAUUUAGCUGGCACAAUGCCACAUGGACCACACCAACCUGAGGCUUCUUGUAAAAGACAGUGGCAUUUUUAUUUCAUAUCUAGGCUUCCAUUUUCAGCUCCCAUUUUUAAGAGACUAUUUUUAUUCUUGCCAACAAAAAUUACAGAGAUGCGCCAAAUUCAUUUUUUUCCCUUUUUGUGCUUAAAUCAAGGCUUACAGAGAGUGGCAAGGCAGUUUGUCUCUGCACAUUAUUCCAAUUCAUGUUUGUUUGUGUUUGUUUGUUUACUGAUAUUUUCUAUAAAUCAUAUCACAGGGUAGCUCAAGGUUACUGUGUCUUAAUUGUAUUUUUCUCAAGUAUGUACUAAGGAUGAAGCAGUUUGGAAACAGCACAGGGAGCCUAUGAAAUCAGUGAUCUCUAGUGUCGAGAACCCAGUCCUCAGCUUGUCAGAGAAGGACUAAUUGUGUUAAGCACUGGAGCUGCAGUAGCCCAGGCUCCAGAGGGAGGACAAAGAAUAGACAAGCACUCAGAAAGAGCAUUUCUGAUGUGCAGCCUGUUUUGCAUUAGCCUUAUUGAAGAAAUGUCAGAAAAUGGGAUUACUGUAUUUUUUGCAAAACCUAUCAUUACUCAUAUAGCUAUAAAUCUGCAAAGAUGAGGAAGAAAGCUAAUAAAGUUGGCAGGUGAAUUUACUGUCAAGUAGGAUUUUUUGGAUUUAUCAGUAAAUACUGGAAUUACUCCAUUUGCUUUUCAAGCUUUCCAUAUAUGCCAUUAAAUGUAGCUUUCUAAAACAGACAGAUUAGGAAUGAAAUACAUUUCACUUACGUUGGAUGAUUUUCAUCUUAAACACUAAAAGAUUGAUGUGCAUGAGUGAAAUGUAGGGGUUGUUUGGUUAUUUAGGGGAAUUUCACCAGUGUAAAAUGAGCAAGAAAGUAUAAAAGCAUCUGGGGUAAUGAUGAAAGCUGCAAGAGCAAAGGGCAUGUCAGCAGGGCUGGGGGAAGUCAGGAAUGGUGACUGAGUUAGCAGGGUGAGAAUGACUGAGCUUUGCCUAGGGAGGAUCACACAGGUUGUAAUUAGAACUAGCUCAAGGCAAAAACACCUGCUGAGGUUUCAUACAUGACCUUUUUUCCUAUCAGGUUUAGAACUACUUAAUUAGAAAACAGUUUUGUUGAAAAAAAAAAUCAGAAUGAUGCUUGGUAUUUUCCAUGAGAGUAUGUAACUUAUAGUAGGAACACCUCAUGGUCUGCUGGGAACUGCUGUGGUAGAAUUUCACCACCAGAAUAUUUUAUUAUUGUAACUAAACUACUAAAUGGUUUCCUUUCCUAGUUUACAGGAGAUUAAAUAAACGCUCCUGUUUAUUAUUUUGUACUGCCUUUUGUUCACAAACUGAUCUUUCAAACACCUUUGGCUGAAGCUGUAGUUUGCUUCAUGUGCAUCUACUUUACUUCAGUCACUCCUGAAAAUAUUCUUUCAAGUCCAUGAUUUUGAAGUGACUUCAUGUAGGUACUGAAUUGGCAGUGUUGGUCAGGACUAACUUGUUGUGUUGCUAACUGCAUCCUCAUAAUUACUGCCAAACUUUUAUCCCUUAGAUAAGAGGAUAUGAAGCUUGUUACACUGUGUAGAUCUACACACUGCAGACCAAGCCAGCCUUGCUGUCAGCUGCUUCAAGCUACAUACAUUCUUUGUGUAUGUAAUGGCAUGAAUAUACAAAUAUAUCAGGUGUGCUUAUGGGUAUACAUUUUAUUGCAUUACAGAUGAUAGCUGGCACUCCUCUGUGGUCACUGCUAGAUUUGGCCAAGUCCAAAGCAGAGGACAAGGUCAAAGUCAUGUACUACUAAACAUAUCUAACUGGAUAUGAUCAGGUUGUGAAAAGUCAGUUGCAUGUCACAGUCUCACUUCCUUAAUCUGUUUGAGUUUGAAAUUGUAUCAGGACAAUUUACUGUCUAACAGUAAUAUUCCAGAGUUAAGAAACAUUUCCCUUCUAAAGGGCUGUCAGAUUUCCUCUUUAUGUGGAUGUAAACCUAGAGCUGAAAAUUGUGAAACAGCUGAUGCCAUUUAUGAAGCUGUAAUUGACAUACAUGGAUAUAAAGAAAUAAAUUUGACUGUUUAUGGUAAAUUCUGUCAAUGCUUAAGGUAAAUACUGAUUAAUUAGUUGCACAGCAUUUGGGACAAGCUAAUGGUGAAAGCUAUGCUAAAAUAUAGUCUCUUAUUAUUUAGGAAAUAGUUCACCUAGAGAAAGAAAACUGCCACUGCUUAUUGAAUUUAGAUAUUGUCUAAUGUAACAGCAAAAGCUGAUACUUUAUAUUCUUCCUCUUGCUCUAUAUUACAAAAAUUCUUGCAAGGUAAUUAGUCCCCAAGGCUUCUUGUUUUAAUUAAGCACUAAGUUGGCAUUUUUUUCUCUGCCACAGUGGUAUCUCAGUUGUCAUGACAAGAAUAAGUCAGUGUAUCAUUGUGAAUGCACUUGUAUUCCUAAUGAAGUUUAUAUUGCAAGCUGAGAAUUUUGUACAACCUUUCUGGUCAUUUUUAUAAUAGAGUGGAGUGGUCAAAUUCUUAUGAUGGUGUUCUGGAUUGGUCCUGUUCUGGUGAAGUGUAAGUGAUUUUUGCAGUGUUUGAGACUGACUUGCACAUUUUCCCUGAAUAGCUGUAUUAAGAACAACCAAUGGCAUAUUUAUGUCAACUCUAAUUGUUGUGUCUUAAUCUUGGAAACAUGGAUAGUAACCUUCUGCUCCAGGCAGCAUUUUAUAUUUUAAAUAAAAGCUUAACUAUAGUAACUUUCUGGGUGAGACUUGUACUGAUGCAAAAGCCUCCUGCAUUCUUCAUCAUACUGACUUUCCAUUACUGGUACCAUUACUGGUGACAGGAUGUGUUCCCUUCCAUUGAAAUUAGUUCUGACAUGCAGGUAUAGCCCUCCAUUGUCAAGUGUAGCUCAGUUCUCUUAAUUUUUAUAGUAAUAGCCAGAUAACCUCAGAGGAAGUUGUUACACUUGGGAAUGGUCUUAACUUAUUUUUGCAACAAUCAGAGACUGAAGGUGAGCAGGAGCUGUGGCAGCUGGCUGGGCAGGGCCUGUGGUGGGGCAGUGACAGGGCUCUGAGGGCUCUGUGGAACAAGCCAAGUGCAGAGGCUCUACCAGCACAACCAUUACCAUGGGCAUUGGACAUAUCUUCACAGGCUGAGUUAGUUUAUUAUGGGAUAAACACCAUGUAAAAUACCAUGGGCCAUAACCACAUUAUGGUUAAAUUUGUAUUUUAUAAGGUUUGUAGAUUUUUCUGGGGAAAAGCAGACUUUUGAAUUCUGUAACUUCUGUGAUAAAGAUGCAUGUAUAACUAGAAAAAAAAAUCUAUGCUUACUUGAUUAUGAAGGAAUAAAUACUACUAAUGCCAA